CACGCAACGCACGCUGCAGGUGUGCUUCCUGCCCAUGAGGAAAGAAGAAUGACAAGGUUCAGAUUUGAUUGUUUGCAUCAUGGGAGCUGAUUACCCAAAAAUGUUCCUGGGAGACUAGGGAUUGGAUAGAGGAGCCCAUGGAAAAUCUUGUAACUCACAAAGUUCAGGUUGAUUUUCAAAAAAAAAAGAAAAGAAAAAUGACGCGAGAGCUCUGUGGGCUCAGGAAAACAACAAAGGUAAUUUCAGGAAACAUCAAGGAGCAAACAGAAGACGUGCGGCAUUUUUCUAGCCAACAAUCGCCCCGGCGGCGCCGCCGGUGGAGGCGAUUUGGAUCUGAGAUGGAGCAAGCGACCGACGGCGACGGGGCUCCUCUCCCGCCGAGCCUCCUCCUCAACCUGCAGGUCUACACCGCCACGGCCUGCGGCCGACGCAACGCCACCACCGCCUCCUGCAAGGCGAGGGGCGGCGCCCACGACGUCGAGGUCACCCUGCUCGCCGCCAUGCCGCCCCGCGUCUCCUCGCUCCAGGUUUGCUGCGCCCGGCCUGCGCCCGCCUCCGCCCACGCGCCCUAUAUAGCCGCAUCGGAGGCCGACCUCAUCCUCAUCGGCGUCGCUGUCAGCAACCGGCGGUAUGACUACUUCCUUUACAAAUUGGCCGCGGGUGAGGGGGGAUCCUCCUUGGAGUUGUUCCCGGAAACUUCCCUCUCCUCCCUCUCACUCGACGACUCGUGCGUCGGCAUCCUGCGCUGCGGUGACUCUUAUUUGGUCGCCGGGCUCUGCUACACGUUCUCGCCCAGCGAGUACGAUCUCCAUAUCUACAACUCUGGCACGAGGGGAUGGACCACCAGGCCGUCCCUGUCCAGCCAACGGCAGGAGCACGCCCCCAGCUACCAUGUCAACCACAAGGUGAUCGCUGUGGGGGGAGAGGCCGGCACCAUGGCCUGGGUCGACCUCUGGCAGGGCAUCCUCCUCUGCGACCUGCGACGUGAUGACCCCUGCCUGCGGUACAUCCCGCUGCCGCCGCCGCUGCUGCCGGGCAGAAUGCUGGAAGGCUGCCCGAGAAAUGCACGGGACAUUGCGGUCGUCGAUGGCCGCAUCAGGUACGUCGAGCUGCAGAUCCGCAUCAGGCCUGGCUCGGCCAGCAGGGGCGGCUACCUUGCCGAUGGCUGGACUAUUGCCAUGUGGAGCAGGAGCGCCGCCGAGAAUGAUGAUUGGCACCAAGACUGCAAAGCCGAUGCUUCUCAGGUCUCUGUCACAAAUAAAGUUCCAAACUUCGAUUUACUGCCUACGCUGCUGCUAGACGCUGAAGGCCAAACCAAGCAGAUCUUGGCGAGACUCCACACAGGUCAUCCCACACUCAGCCUGCACGACCACCGAGUCGUUUACCUCAUGACUAAGGUCGACCACCGGGAUGACAGGGCGUGGGUGCUCGCCGUUGAUGUCAGGAAUAAGACACUGCAAGGAGUUGCCGAGUUCACUGCCGAUAGAGUACCUGGUUUCAGUUACACAUAUACACACUCUAGGGUCUCUCAGUAUCUGAAUAUGGCUCCUCCAGAUGCAAAGAAGUUUACCUGAAACCUCGUGCAGGAAGCUUCCUGGAACUGACAUGGGUCUGAAAUCAAUACGCUUUGAUUUGUCCAUCCUACCAGGCAAAUGAUGGCAUGCUUAAGUUUUUCCAAUUAACUAACUACUAUGGUGUUUGGAAAGAAAAAGAACAGAACUCUCGUCAAUAUUUAUCAAAGUUAUGGUUAGUAGCAAGGAUGGAUAUGUUGAUAUUUACAGUUUUAUAAACUCUACUCAGAUGUCGUUUGAUCUGUUUAUGAUUUAUGUUGGUUGUAGAACAUACUUUCAACCUUUCGAGGUUUGUAAUUGCUCACUUGUGGCUGGAUAGCGAUGUGGUUGCUCAUCUUGGGCGGGAGCUCUCCGAAAUGUUCUCGAAUAAAAGGCCAGUCAAACUGGAGCAAGUUGGUGUACUUUGGACGUUGACAUGGAAUCUUAUGAAAUCAGGGGUCAGUCAACUUGAAAAGUUCUCA